AUGGAAGCACUAUACCGGCAAACUAGUGCAUUAGUUCAUGAAACAGAAGAAUGCUUUCAAAAUCUGGAAAAACAGAAAGGUACAAACACAGAUUCUAUUGAAGCAGAAAUUCAGGCCAGAAUAGAUACCAUAAUUAGUAACUGUGAAAAGUUAGAUAUCUUGGUACAUAAGGAGCCCUUCAGUAGAAGGCAAAAUGCUAAGCUUAGCAUUGACCAACUGAAAUAUGAUACCAGGCAUUUACAGGCUGCUCUUCGUAUGUUUCAACAUGAAGUUUAUAAGAGAAGACAAGAAGAAAAGGAAAGAGAAGAAUUACUAACUCGAAGGUUUACCACAAAUGCUAUAUCUGAACGUGAUACAGCCAUUUUGAUAGAUCAUUCUUUGCAGCAUAAUUUAUCUCUUCAGAAUGCACAAAGAGGUGUUGAUGAUAUGCUUCUCUCAGGAACUAAUAUUUUAGAAAAUAUGCGUGAGCAGCGCAAUACUUUAAAAGGAGCCCACAGGCGAAUGAUGGAUAUUGCAAACACUCUUGGACUUUCCAAUACAACAAUGCGUCUUAUUGAAAAACGAGCUUUUGAAGAUAAAUACAUUUUAUUUGGAGGAAUGUUCAUUACGGUUGUAAUUAUAGUUCUUCUUAUUGUAUAUUUUACAUAA